AAUAUAUUCUGACCAAAGACACUAAUUUUCUGAGUGUACAAUUGCUGAGUCGGUGAACUUUUGUCGCAUCACUCCCUUUAUCCUUUCCCACCCUGUUCUCUUCAUUAAAAUUCCCAAAUUUUCUGAUGAACAACAGCUUUACUACGAAAUUGUUGCUGAAUUACUGCGUUUCGGUCUUGUUUAACAAGAAGCAUUCUUCUAUUACUAAAUGAUUCCCAUAAAACCCAUUUCUCAAUUACUUCUACACUUUUAGUAUCACAAUGACUUCAAACAAACCAGAUACAACAACAACAACAACAAUCCUUCAAUAUCCACCUAAAAAUCAAGAAAUCAACAUCAAAGUUUGGGGAUUAUCCCUCAUUUCAGUUUUCCCAUGGGCAGAAAACCUAAAAAUCCCAACUUUUUUCAACAAAAAACUAAAAAAACACGCACAAAACUCUCGAGCCAAUCUUGUGGGACCCGGUGUCACUUACUCCACAGUUCGUUUCAGACCUUAUGUUUCAAAGGUUCCAUGGCACACGGGUCCAAGGGCAUUUUUGUCACAAUUGUUUCCACGAUAUGGGCAUUAUUGUGGGCCAAAUUGGUCAAGUGGGAAAGAUGGAGGGUCUUUAUUGUGGGAUAAAAGGCCUAUUGAUUGGCUUGAUUAUUGUUGUUAUUGUCAUGAUAUGGGAUAUGAUAGUCAUGAUCAAAGUGAGCUUUUGAAGGCGGAUUUGGCUUUUCUUGAGUGCUUAGAGAGGCCUCAUAUGGCUACAAGAGGAGAUGUUCAUGUUGCUCAACUUUACAAGACAAUGUCUGAGGGGUAUACUGAUACCAUACAGACAACAUUUGGUGAAAUUAAAGUCGGGUCAAUUAAGUCUUGGAUUCGGAUGGCUCAGCAAUAUGAAAUGGAAAGGAUGGAAUGCUCAUAAAGAAGCACGCUAGAGUUAAAUUCAAUUAUGUCUAUAUAAGACUCGUAUAUAUAUAUACAAGUAAUAUGUAUGUAAAUGUCUUGUGAGUAAAUGUCCAAAUUAUCACAAUUAUAUUAAAUUGUCGUUUUAAUUA